AUGGCGUCGUUGGUGAGUCCAAACUCAACUUUUGGCUUCUCAUUCGAUUCGCAAAUCAAUAAUUUCGUAAAACCUGUUAUUUUUCUUGAUUUUCGGUGUAGAAGCCUUUUUCAGGGCUCUCUCAGACCAUACCAGAUAAGAUAAUCCUUUUCAGGACAACCUUCUGAGCCUUUUUCAGGGCUCUCUCAGACUAUACCAGAUAAGAUUAUCCUUUUAAGGACAACCUUCUGAGCCUUUUUCAGGGCUCUCUCAGACCAUACCAGAUAAGAUAAUCCUUUUCAGGACAACCUUCUGAGCCUUUUUCAGGGCUCUCUCAGACCAUACCAGAUAAGAUAAUCCUUUUCAGGACAACCUUCUGAGCCUUUUUCAGGGCUCUCUCAGACCAUACCAGAUAAGAUAAUCCUUUUCAGGACAACCUUCUGAGCCUUUUUCAGGGCUCUCAGACCAUACCAGAUAAGAUAAUCCUUUUCAGGACAACCUUCCGAGCCUUUUUCAGGACUCUCUCAAGACCGUACGAGGCGGUGCAAAUGUCAUGUACCGACGACCUUAUAUACCUUCAUGGGCUUGGCUUUCCGCCAGGGCAUAUCCGACCUUGUGGACGUGGCCAACUGUUUGGGAUCACCGCUCGGAAGGUUAUCUGGUAUGGUCUGAGAGAGCCCUGAAAAAGGCUCAGAAGGUUGUCCUUAAAAGGAUAAUCUUAUCUGGUAUGGUCUGAGAGAGCCCUGAAAAAGGCUCGGAAGGUUGUCCUGAGAAGGCAAGAAAAUGAAGCAAAACUGAAGAAAUUCUACGACACAAAUCGUUCUCAAAUGAGACACUUCGUUCUUCUCUUGUACCUGUUUGCCAGCACCUUCGAGAAGGUUAGUGUGUGACCAAACUCGUCGAGUUCUCUCUUUCUCCUUUAGUUCUUUCCUGUGGUGUGACGUACAAAGGUCAUCAGUGUUCCCUUUCUCGGUUUUUAGGUGUGACGACUUUCUCUUUUUGUGAACUUUUCUCUUCUUCACUGUGACCGAGCACAAUCACAAUUUGCUCCUGCACGGCCCGGCUUUUCAUACAUAGGACUUUUGGUUUUUUCAAUAUAUCUCCAGAAAUCGAACAUAGGGACCUCUGAUUUUUUGAUAAGAGUUCAAUUUUAUUGGGUUCUUCAAAAUGAGCCAGGUCAGAGGUAAAUGUAAGGUUUCUGAGAGAAGUUACAGCUUCACAAUUUCCACUCGUCCGUAUGCUUUGCCGGCCCGUGUCCUGUUGAACUAGGCGCACGCGAACGCGUUGGGCUAGAGUGGAAGAGUGAUGAAAGUGACGCGUCUGUGAGCAGAGACGCAGAGGAAAGCGAGAGACAGCCAACAUCGCAUUCUUCCAUUAACCUUUGUGAAUAGAAAAAGUUUUCUUUUGUUUCUGUGUUCGUAUUGAUUUUGUGAUUUCCCAUCCGUGAAUAUCAUUGUUAUUUUCUCCCUAAUCUUGAGUUAUUAUAGGGGCACCGCACAGAAAUGGCGCUCUGUUGAGAAACUCUUUUUGCAGUGCAAAUUGAGCGACCUCGGGGCCGAGUUUGAAAAGUUAGGCCACGCUUUCAGUGGAAAAUUACUUCGCGGCCUAGAAAUUCGGCCAGAUUGCGAACAGCGCGCUCUUUCUGUCCGGUGCCCCUAUAAUAGUUAACAACUAUUCCUGCUUUCCGUCUCUCUCUCUCUCUCUCGAACUAAUCGAUUAUGCUUACAGCUUGCUGACAUAAUCAUGAAUCGUCAACACUUCGUUUCUGUAAGUUAAACUUUGAGUUUCCACUUCUUGUACAUGUAUUUUAAACGAACAUUUUAUUUUAGCCACAAGGACGUUCCAUUUCUGCACUAUUCCGUUCAGUUCGUAUGAAGGUUCAGAAAAAGUGAGAAUAUUAUUUCUAACUUCUUUAUUUGUUAUUUUUACUUUGGGUUUUAAUUUAAUGUAUGUCUUUGAUAGGUGCUGGGACAUGGAUCCUGCCACGCAAAGUGUGCUGUCGCAGAAUCUUCUCCAGAAAAUUGGAGACAUUGAUACACACCUUCGACACCAGUUCGGUAUGCAAACCCUCUAAACUUUUUCCUUUCUUUUACAACAACUUUAAAAACAUUAUUCCUAAUUGAUAAAUUUAAAAAUUUACCUGGAAUCAUCAAAAAAAAUUUAUUUAGUUCGUGGCAACGCCGAUCCUAGCAUUCUUUCGCCGAAUGUCGACGUCGUAUGUUUCUUUAUUAUUCCGUUAACAAUAAAUUAUAAUAUUGGACUAAUAGAUAUAAAGUGUAUACCUACUCAAUUAACAACUGACUAUUGUAUUUAGAAUUCGACGAUCAAACGCCUGUUUCUGCGACUUGAACGACAAGCCAUUGCCGCUGCCAUUCUCGCCGACGUAGCUCACAUUGGUAUUUAAAAAUAUUUGUUAAUAUAUUUUAGACUCUUUGUAUAUUUUACUAUUUUGAUUACAGACAUGCAAUUAUUUUGUUUUAUAGGACCUGCAGCUAACGCUGAAGAACAAGCUGCGCUGACGUUGGUGGAGAAUACUCUCUAUGUUCUGGAUGAUGCCAUCUCGCCAGUGUCGUCUCUCGACCGCUCAGCUACGGAGUCAGAUUGA